GUAAUUAUUGCCAAUGUUACUAAUGAUCAGCAGUAUGGCCACCAGACGUAAAAAUACCAAGCAAGCAUUGACAGAAGACGCAAUUGAGCUUCUGGGACAAGCGUCAAGUUCUGCGCGUCAAAUGAUGCAAAAUGUAUUUAAGUGGAGAAGUUAUCUCUCAAGCAACAAAAGAGGCCAUGGAAGCAUCUGAAUACCAAGAGACCGAUGGUAUGUUUGGUCGUAAGAUUGACAUGAUCCUCAUGGUCGAGUCAACAUCGGUUGAACUAUCAACAAACGAAUGGAAAUCAAUGCAAACUAGUGACCUAAAGCUGACACAGCAGUCUAAGAAUAUCGGGUCCAAUUGUGCCAUUUUGAAUAGGCUUCAGAUUGAUCUCGGUAAUGAUGAGCAACUUCUGGCAUUGGAUAUGACAGGGGAUGUGCGAUAUAUCUACCGACUGCAGAAAAUGGAUGAUGUUUACCUCGCUUCGCUUUUCACGUCAGUAUUUUUACCAUCUGACAUCUGCCAAAUGGAGCUUUUUGUGGAAACGAUAGUCGCUUUGUUCAAGUGGAAACACUUUAUGGUGCUGGCGGUGGUCAGGUAAGACUGUUUGAUGAUGCAAGUUUUGUUCUUUUUACUAAGUUUGAUAUAAGUUUGAGUAUAUGAAGAUAGAGUGUAAUUGUUGGCAUGAAAGAUGAAUACACCACCUUCUUUCUUAUCACAAUUGCUUCUUUAUCCUCUAUAUUUGAGACCUUAUCUGGCCCAUGUGAAAACGAUUAAAGGUACAAUUGGCAAAGAACAACAUGGACAAUAUUG